GACAAUACACUCUGGUUUCACCCAAUAGGAGCCAGUACCUAUUCAGAAUUUCUUAAGUUGAUCCGCCAAGCAACAUGUACAUAUAUAAGCUGUCCAUUGUAUCACGGUGAUGCCAUAUCGUUUGUCCGAUAUAAUCUUCGAACAAAGUCCAUGGAAGAAACCAAUGUGAGUUUGAAACUUCUGAUAGACACAGAAAGCCAUAGAGUGCUUUUUGCUGAAGCGGACAAGAACUUCAUCGACUUCCUCUUUCACAUUCUGGCCCUGCCCGUCGGAACUUUCAUUGCGCUUCUCACAAAGCAAGGAAUGGUGGGCAGCUUGGGGAACAUUUACGAGAGCAUUGAAAAUUUAAAUAUCACUUACCUUCAACCAAACUUGAACAAAGCGACUCUCCUGAAGCCCAAAGUACACAUCUCUGGUGGUGGUAUUGGAAUCCCUCUCCUAUUGCCAAACGUUGAAUCGUCUUCCACAUCAUCCAAGAAAUGGUAUAGGUGCUGUAAUUCCUACAGCGGCAACUGUUUCUUAUAUUUUACUAAUGACUACAGCGCAAUCUGUCCUUCGUGCAAGAACGUCAUGAACAACGAGCUAAAUUUCGUACACCCACCAAGCGCAACGAAUGCGGGCUCUUCCUCCAGUGAGGGAGGAUACGUGAAAGGAGUGGUUACAUACAUGGUGAUGGAUGAUCUAGUGGUGAAACCCAUGUCCACCAUCUCUAGUAUCACUCUGCUUAACAGGUUUAAUGUCAAGGAUGUAGGAGCUCUUGAGGAGAAAGUGGUUCAUUUGGGCAUCGAUGAGGGAGUGAAAUUACUGAAUGCUUCUCUGCGGUCAAAGAGUGUUUUGACUGAUGUCUUCCUCCCAAUGUUGAAAGUUGAAAUAGAAAGUGUAAUGUAAUGUAACACGGAAGUGCAAGAGUUCUAUGCCAUUGCCAAAAUUAAUUUUUCUUCUGUUUUUUUCGUUGCAUAUAUGUUUUAAAUGUCGGUCAAAUCUGGUGUGGCAAUGUGAAGGGCAAUAUGCUCUCUCUCUUUAUUUUUGUGUGUGUGUGUAUUGUUGGAAGCUUGGUUAAGAAGCAUUAUGUAUCAUAAAAAAAUAAGAUGUAAGUAUACGUAAGUUUUUGUUAA